CAACGAAUGCACGCAUGUGCAUUUGCAUUGAAGUACACGAAUUGUGGAAAUGAGAGAUUGGUUGCGUUCAGAAAACACAACGAUUAUACAACGGUUGAGUAAUUCGUCAGCGUUAUUGGUCUGAAUGUAAGAAUCUAACAAUAAGGACCAAUAGUUACUAAGCGCUCAGUGAGCGCUUUGUUUUCUGAACGCAACCACUGACUACAACUCCAAUACAGUUGAAAAGAGCAAACUUGUUAGUAUCAUGGCUAGCACAUCAAAGGAAAAUUCAUGUAACAGUGUAGAAGAAUUAGCACGGAAUGCUGUACUAGUUCAUAGUAUCUCUAUAACACCUAGUGAAUCUACGGUAAAAGGUUAUGAUUUCAAUAAUGGUCUUGACUAUCAUGAAAUAUUGAAAGCUAUGAGAUUUUCCGGCUUUCAAGCUACAAAUUUUGGAUUAGCUGUAGAAGAAAUAAAACAAAUGUUGAAUCAACGGGACAUUCCUCUCAUAGAAGAUCAAAUUGACAGUUUAGAAGAAGAUGAAUUUAUAAAAAGAAAAUAUAGUUGUACAAUAUUUUUAGGCUAUACGUCAAAUAUGGUAUCUUCUGGCAUCAGGGAAACUAUAAGAUUUCUUGUCCAGCAUAAACUUGUGGAUUGUAUAGUUACUACAGCGGGUGGAGUGGAAGAGGAUUUGAUAAAGUGUCUAGCACCCACAUAUCUUGGAAAAUUUAGUUAUGAUGGCAAACUUCUCAGAGAAAAAGGGCUUAAUAGAAUUGGAAAUUUGAUAGUGCCAAAUGAUAAUUAUUGCUUGUUUGAAGAUUGGGUGAUGCCGAUAUUAGAUGCGAUGUUGGCUGAACAAAUAAAGCAGGGUACAUUGUGGACACCAUCUAAGAUAAUAACUAAACUUGGUGAAGAGAUCAACAAUGAAGAAUCAAUUUACUAUUGGGCUGCAAAAAAUAAAAUUCCAGUAUUUUGUCCAGCAUUGACUGAUGGUAGUUUCGGUGAUAUGAUGUUCUUUCAUUCUUUUAAAAAUCCAGGACUUGUAGUUGAUAUACUUGCAGAUCUCAAAAGAUUAAACACCAUAUCUCUGAAAGCUGUGACAAGUGGUAUGGUAAUUAUUGGAGGUGGUGUUAUAAAGCAUCAUAUCUGUAAUGCUAAUCUUAUGAGAAAUGGUGCUGACUUUGCUGUUUUUUUGAAUACUUCUUCGGAAUUUGACGGUAGCGAUAGCGGUGCUCGGCCCGAUGAAGCGAUUUCUUGGGGAAAAAUUCGAAAGAAUGCUAAUCCUGUCAAGGUGUAUGCAGAGGCUACUUUAAUAUUUCCAUUACUAGUAGGAGAAACAUUCGUUAGAUAUCACAUGUCUCAUAAAGAUAACUAAGUAUUUAGAAUAUAAUGAAAACUUUUCAAGUCUUACAUAUAAUAAGGAAAUUAAAAAUAAACAAGCAUUG